AUGCUCGCGUCUCUUUCUUACCUAGUCCCCCCUCGCUGCCUUAUCUCGCUGCCGUGCUGCUUUUGGUCCACCGUUGCCAUGCGCCUUCCCCUCCCACCCCUCCCCGACCACUCACUUGUCGUUCCGCUCUGCUCACCAUUCACUGCAUGCUUGCUUGCCGUUUUCCGCUUUUGCCACUUGCCGCAUCUACUGGGCGGCAGCGGCAGGGAGCAGGGAGGAGCAGUGGGAGCAGCGUGGAGAGCGGGAGAGGCGAGCGGGCUGUGGCAGCGUGUUGCGGGGAGGGAGGGCGGUGGGAUGACGCACGGCAGGCAGUCACAGCGGCCUUCACUGGCUCGACACUCCACUCUGGUGUGGCUUCACACGCAGCCCCACUCUGACUACAGGGCAGCGCCUAACCACAGAAUAGAGAGCAGCGGAGCAGAGGAUAAAGGAGAGGAAACAGAGGAGGAGAAGAGGAAGCAAGGGAGGAAAAGAGGAAGCAGGGGAGGAGAAGAGGAAGCAGAGGAGGAGAGGAAGCAGAGAAGGAGGAGAGGAAGCAGAGGAGGAGGAGAGGAAGCAGAGGAGGAGAAGAGGUUGCUUCUGCAGACGUGCUGUCGCUCCGUCAGUUCAUUUGGGGAUGGAGGAGGACCCACGAGCGGAGCAGCUGAGCCCUCUUCCCGUGGCAUCGACGGCAGUGGUGGCAUGGACGGCAGUAAUGGCAUGAGACGAACUUCAGGCACAGCCAAGUCAGACAAGGCGGAUCAUCCUCUUUUCAUGGUAAGGCUGCCCAGUCAACCCCCUUCUCCUCUGCCCAGAGGUUCUGAUGCCAGCCUUUCUAUUCCGUUUUCCUGCUGUUUCCUCCUCUUUGUACCGCCUUCUCUCCUCUACGUUUCACAUGCCUUCAAUUCUGCCUCUCUCUUUCUUUAUGCCUUCCGGUGCCUUUUCCACAUACCUUUUCCUCUCGUGUUUCCUCCUUCAGAUGCGACAAAACUGGUGCACACGGAGGAGUAA